AUGGCCAACUCCAAUGACGAUCCAACGAUCGGCAGUAACAAUGAGUCGGAAGGCCACAAAAACAACGAGGCGCUCAAAAAGAUGGAUAGUAAAAGCACAUCCAGAACAGCACUGUUAAUAGAUGAUCAACAUCAAUUUUCAAUUUCAACUUCAUCUUCCGAUAGCACCAUGGAGAAUAGCAGUAGCACUAAUACUAUGAUCGUACAACAAGAGCAACAACAAGCACCAUCAACGAACGACAUUGCAAUAGAGGCGAACGCGCUCAUACUUCCUGUUAUUGCGACUCUAAAUCCCGCUCAACAUGCAGCUGUCGGAGGAAAGCAACCAUCAACCAUUUCAUCGUUGAUCAACACCAAUCCAACCCAUCAACGAUGCAUACACUCAACAACUUCAUCAUCUUCUUCUAACCAUCUCGCUUUGGAAACUGCUGAGUGCGAUGGAACAUCCAGUGCCAGUGGUUACUCAGCUGGAGCUACGAGUAAUAAUCGGGGUGAGGAAGAUAUUAUUUCUGUGUCUAGCGAGGAAACCAUUCCUAAUGGAACACUACUGAUAGACGAUAUUGUUUUUUCAUCACAAAGCCGAGCCACAACUCCCGCAACAACCUCUGCUGUAUUAACUAACAAUGACCUCCGAUUAGAUAUUCAUACCACGACCACGACCACCUCAUCAGCAAACUCUAACAGCAAUAACUCCUUGCAUGUUGAUCAACAGUCUCAACAGCAUUCUGGACGCUCUGCUCCAAACACCUCAACGAUACCUGAAACUAAAGCAACAAGCUUAACAUCGAACAAGGUCACACAUGACGAUAAUCGAGAGGUGAAAACUCCAAAUACAACAAAUGUAACACCAGAGCAUGGAUCCAAAAACUCUAAAAUAGUGUCACAUCAUCGAACGAGUAAUACCUCAACAGAAAUCAGUAUACGAUCAAAUAUUUCGGAAGAAAAGAAUCGUAAACGGAAGGAAGCCUUAUCAGCUGUUCCUAGAAAUUCGUACAGCAUGUCUGAACAUAUUAAGGCUCCACGUGGAGCCGUAGCCGGAGCCGAACAUAGAAAUCGAAUGAAUCUUUCUCCAAGGUCAAAAGAUUAUGCUCUUGUAAGAUUCACUGAAGAUAAUGUGGACACCAAAGAUACAAAUUUGUCUGAUAGACUUACUUCACCCAAAAUUUCUGAGUCUGUUGGCAACAGCUUUUUAUACUCUUCCCCUGCUUUGAUGAAUUUGGGAACAAACGUUUUACUCUCUGUAAAGAAUUCCAACAGUACUGAGAAGUCUGAAAGUAAUAUCAAAAACGACUGUCUCCUUUUAAAAGUCCCUGAUUUUGUACUACUGCAUAUUUUUACGUUUCUAGGAAUUCAAUAUGUGGAGGAUAAUAAUUAUAACUUAGUUUGUAAGAGAUGGUACAUGACUCUUUGCAUGGAUUGUCUUUGGAAGGAGAGAUAUUUAACAUUUUUUAACUCCAAACAUAUUCAAAACAACUCGAUGUUGUUGUCAUAUUCUCAUGAUUUUGAUUUUCCUCAACGUAACAAAUUUCGUUUCAACUUAAUUCGGCUCAGAAAAAAGAAAUACUUUCUGAAGCAACGAAUACUGCUACAGAACAGACAUGAAAAUUCUAGAAAAUAUCUAUUAUUUAAUUCAUUUGUACUUAAUCCACUAGUGGCCAUCAUUUGCUUUAUGAUUUCCACAAUUACAUUUGGAUUACAAGAAGAUGGAGUUAUUGCAAAAAACGAUAAGAACACAUUACUUUUUGUUUUCCUACCAUUCUUUGCUUCUUUCUUAUUUUCAAUUGUUGGAAACAUUUCAUUGGGGUUGAGAGAAACCAUAUUCUGCAAGCAUGGAUUUUAUGAUGCCUCACAUUUUCUUCAUUUUGUUGCAAUUGUGUUAGGGCAGUACACAUUCUAUUUUUGUGCCUUUGUGUUUGGGCUCAAAUGGUUUUGGUUCAAGAGUUCACUUUGGACAUCCUUUUCUAUACCUUGUCUUUGUGUUUACACAAUAUUCGUUGGAUUUUGCUUUGCAUAUAUUUUGCAUAAGUAUGUGCGAAGGAGGUUGCAAUUUGCAGACAUGUUAAAAGAACGACCAAAUUUGACAGUGAAUACGCCAGAUUAUUUCUAUUUUGCUUACAAGGUCCGUGCUCAUAAGAGAAGAGAAUUCUAUUCAAAAGCAAAAUAUAUUUCACAACCAUAUGACGAAGACUUUAUAGAAUUUUCAGAAGAUGAAGCAUCCAACGGUACAGAAACUGAAGAGGAUGACGAUGAUGACUUUGAAGAUACAUUUGACGACUCUACUGCGUUCGAUGAUGAAACAGAGACAGCAUCCAAAGGAACAAGAACGGAUGAAAUGGUUUCGACACCAAAACCUAGAGAAAGAAAAAAGGAAGCACCUAAAAUUACAGUCUUCCAAGAAUUUGACAAGCAAACUCAUAAUCAACACGUUACAGACAUCUCUACUCUUACCAUUCUGAUAUUCAUUUUUAUCAUCAUUGUAAUGAUUGGAGUACAAAUGCUUCUCAUUCCUCUGAAAAUAGAUGGAAUCAUUACAGAGCCUUGGAGAACGGUAUUCACACCUUGUUGGCUCAUUAUGUUCAUUUUGAUUUGUGGAUUACCUGCCUGGAUUACAUGGGAAAUUGCAACAAAAACCAAUAUGGACAAGAAAACUGUUAGCGUUUCUGUCGAUGUUAUUAGUGACGAGAGUGCUAAAAAAUCAAAGAUGAAAUAUGAUCCAGAUCAACAACAGCAUUACGCCUUCUUUGCCUUUGGAGCAUGUCCUCUAUGCAUCACCAUUCCAUUAUUGAUAUCCUUAAUUGUUCUAGUUUCCACUUUGGAUGGGUCGAAUAUUCCCUAUGUGGUAUCAGCGUCACUCUUUGCAUUUUGGGAGUUUGUUUUUGGUGGACUUUAUUUAAUGCUCAUGACUCCUUACACCCUUACUAGAAAUGUUUGGGAUGUUUGA